AUGAAACAUAAUUUAUAAGCAAAGUAAUAAUAACAAAUUAAUCAUCAAGGAAAAAUAAGAGAAAUAUAACUGGAGGAGAGAUUCAUUUAAAUUAAAUUGAUGAAGCUGAUAAAAUUAAUGAAGAUGCUUCAUAAGAUUAUGAGAGCAAUUUAAUAAAAGUUUUAGAUUUGCAACCAGAAAUCACUAAAAUAUUCAUUGAAAGUAUUUAAACAUUUUAAAUAUAAUAGAUUUGACAAAUGGUAGUUUCAUUGAAUUAAAUGAAUAAGCAUUAAGGAGAAAAAUUCAAAUGAUGGAAGAAAGUAGAAAAUAAUAAAUUCAAACUGAAAAUGUAUUGUUAGUCUUGAAUAAAUUAAUUCAUGAAGCUGUUAAAUUAAUAGACAGAUUUAUAUUCUUUUUUUAAGGAUUAUUGGCAGGUAACCUUUAAUAUUAACAAGGGAAUGACAUUAAUGCAUGUUUUCAUUAUUUUUCUAGGUUAGAGUACAGAUUAAGAAGGUUUAACUACAUUCUUUAAAUUAUAUGCUAAAUACUGUUUAAGAGUUGAUUAAGUUUUUCAUAUCAUAAUUUUAAUCAGUGCUUUUGGUAGUUUGUUUGUUUGCAUUUAAUUAAAAGAUUAAUAAGAGAAAACAAAAAAUAAUUAAGAUAAAAAGUUCUAUAUAUAAUCAAUAAUUAGUGCUCUUUGUAAAUAUUCAUAUUAAUAUAGUUUAUAAUAUUGCAUAUUUAUUAUGGGUGAUAGGCCAUAAAAAUAUAGUAGAAUUAUCAAGUGGAAUUACAUAAGAUGAUACAAAUGAUCAAGUUUAAGCUGUAAUAGAUGGAUCUGCAUUAUAUAAUUUUUGGACUUAUACAUAAAUAGCAAUUACUGUUCUUACUGUAUUAGGCUGGUUUAUAUCAGUAAAUACAACUGAAAGUAAUCUUAAUUAUUUAGCUUCUGUUGAGGCAGAGUAUGAAAUAAUCAAUAAUUUAAUAGUUAAAUAUUUAGUGAUGAAAAUAAGAAGGAAAAAUGA